GACGAUGCCAACAAUCUCUGUAGACAAGGCUGAAUUAUUCAAAAGGCUUGGAAGGGAAUACACUACCAAGGAAUUUGACGAACUUUGCUUUGAGUUUGGUAUAGAACUUGAUGAGGAUACCACAGAGGAAGUCUUGGAAUUGCAAAAGCAAGGCCAACAAACUGAAGCUCCACAAUUAAAGAUUGAAAUUCCAGCAAACCGUUACGAUUUACUUUGUAUUGAGGGUAUUGCCAGGGCACUUAACGUCUUCCUCGGUAGAGCCGAUCCACCAGCUUACAAACCAGCGGAUACACAAAAUAGAAGACAAUUAAAGAUCACGGGUGAAACUAAGGACGUCAGACCAUACGCUGCAGCAGCGAUACUCAGAGGUGUCAAAUUCACAGAAGAGUCAUACGCUUCUUUCAUUGAUUUACAAGAUAAAUUACACAACAACCUCUGUCGUAAGCGUCAAUUUGUUGCUAUUGGUACACACGACUACGACACCGUUGCCAGUGAUGGCCCAUUCACCUACGAAGGUAGAAAACCAGAGAAUAUCCAUUUCGUACCUCUCAACAAAGACAAAGAAGUAGAUGGUAAUGGUGUUAUGGAAUUAUACUCACAAGAUAAGCAUAUCGGUAAAUUCUUACACCUUAUCGAUAAAUCACCUGUUUAUCCAACUAUCUACGAUAGCAAUGGUACACUUCUCUCACUUCCACCUCUCAUUAAUGGUGAUCACUCAAAGAUUAAAAUUAGCACCACAAAUGUGUUCAUUGAAUGCACUGCUACUGAUGCUACAAAGUUAGAUAUGGUUUUAGAUAUCAUGUGCGCAAUGUUCAGCGAAUACACUGAAAAGCCAUUCGAGAUUGAACAAGUUGAGGUUAUUAACCCAGACAACAGCAAACGUUUAACACCAGUACUUGAUAAGCGUCUAAUGAAAGCUAGAUCAACUUACAUCAACUCAUGUACUGGUUUAUCCUCAAGUGCAGCAGAUUUAACAAAGUUACUCACAAAGAUGGGAUUACCUUCAAAACCAUCAGGUGAAACUGAGUAUGAUCUUUUAGUUGAAAUUCCUAUCACACGUCCAGAUAUUCUUCACGAAUGUGAUAUUAUGGAAGAUGCAGCUAUCGCAUUUGGUUUCAAUAAAUUACCAAGAACAUUCCCAACUGCAUACACAGUUGCAGCACCAUUACCAAUCAACAAACUCAGUGAUAUAAUUAGAAAAGAAACAGCUAUGGCUGGAUGGACCGAAGUUUUACCACUCAUUCUCUGCUCAAGAGAUGAGAAUUGUCAAUAUCUAAACAAAGAUGAAAGCGAAUUAAAGAAAGCUGUACAUCUUGAAAAUCCAAAGACAUUGGAAUACCAAGUCGUUAGAACAUCUUUACUUCCUGGUUUACUCAAGACUAUCAGAGAGAACAAACAUCAUGCACUCCCAAUUAAGGUUUUCGAAACAUCUGAUAUUGCAUUCGUCGAUACUUCACUUGAGAGGAAAUCAAAGAACCAAAGAAGAGUUGCAGCAAUCUACAAUGACAAAAAGGGUUCAUUCGAAGUUGCACAUGGUUUGUUAGAUAGAUUAUUAAACAUGUUAGGUAUUGAAUUCCUCCCAUCCACAACUCGCAGAGGCGCUGAAAAGGGUUAUUACAUUGUUGAAAGUGACGACAAAACUUACUUCCCUGGACGUGCUGCAUCAAUUGUUUACAGACCACCACCAACACACAAAGAACCAGAGAGUACAUUCGAUAACCUCAAAUCUAAACUCACUGAGGCUCUUCCAGAUGGUUUGAAAGAUCUAGUCGAAUCUAGAGACAGAGUUAUUGGUACAUUGGGUAUACUUCACCCUGAAGUUUUAGAGAAAUUCGAAAUUAAGAACCCAUGUUCUGCCUUUGAAUUCAACUUGGAAGAAUUUUUGUAGACUUGCACAAAAUUUAGAUUCA